GGCCCCUGUAGAGUAUUUGUCCUGUUUGGUGACAAAUGACCUUAAAAGAUGUUAUCUUUCCCUCUCCACACCUUGACUUGGACUCAGGGACUGGGUAGGAUGGAAGGGGGCUGGAGGUGAUGGAGAAAUUUAAGCCUCAGCUCAAUUCUGGGGACUCGGGUACCUUUCUAGUUACUACAGCUCUAUGACAAAUUGCCCAAAGCAGAGUGGUGUAGAACAACCAUUUCUUAUGCCCAUGGGCUCUGUGGGUCCGAAUGCACACAGGGCACAGAGCGGAGAUGGCUAGUCCUCGGUUGGAAGUCUUCAAGGCUGGGGGCUCCAGUCACCUCAAGGCUCAUUCAUUCACACAGUGGUUGGCAUGGACUGUUGUCUGCGAGGCCUCAGUUUCUCUCCGUGGGCUUGCUUGGCCUUCCUCCCAGCAUGGUAGCUGUGUCCAGAGGACCAGGAUCCCAAGGGAGAGAGCCAUGUGGGAGUUGUGCCACCUUUUAUGACUUUGCCUCCAAAGGCACUCAUGUCACUUCUGCUGCCUUCUAUUUUUUCCAAGUGGGUCAUUCAGGCUGAAGGGGAGUGGGGUGGUACUCGACUGUGUCUUUUGUGGGAGGAGUGUCAAAGGACUGGUGGACAUGUUCAAGUCACCACAAGUACCCUGUGACAUGAGGAGCGACUCCAGGGCCUCAGACCUGUUUAUCUUCCUCUGUGUGGCCUGUGACUCCCUGCCCUGCCUGGGGUUUUCAGGGAACGCCAACUCCAAUCCAGUCCAAGCUGAUGGGGUAGGCAGUGGCCAAGAGGGAAGUGCCCGAUGCCACCUGGAGCACUGCCUCUCUUUGCAUCCUUCCCUCUGGUCGGGGAACUCUGGCCAGGGAGGGGCUCUAAGGGCUUCUUGGUGUGCUCAGAGGUCAGCAGUCCAGGGUGGAGUCCAUGGGAAGCAUUUAUUCAUUCAUUCUUUCAUUCAUCGACAAAUCUUUCUUGAGUACUUCCUGUGCCCAGGCACAGUUCUCAGCAAAGGGGGUGUUUAACAAGGAAAUUAACCGACCCUCUCUCCUGUGGUGCUCAGGGCAGGAGACCAGUCUCAGGUGAGCUAGGAGCGCCUCCCACACGUGGGGUGGGAAGACCACGACUGGGAGAGGAACCUGCUUCUCACCGAAGCCACCUCCCCAGUGCAGGGGGCUGUGCACAAGUCACGGACACCCCAGGACCGCUAGCUCCACUUCUUGGUUGACUUUGUCCCUGAUUGCUGCCCAAACCCACCAGCUCUAAGCUCCCGGGAGAGGCGGGCAGACGCUGCCUGUGCCCGUGAGUCACGAGUGUAAAGUACGCCCAGGGCCUUGGCUGGCAGGUCUGUGCAAGGGUAAGGUGUCAUUAGGUGAACGGUGAGAAAUGCUGCUUUCCAGAGCCCCAGAGAUAAGAGAUAGGAUUCAGGCGCAGCCUUUUCUCUCUCCCACUGAGCUGCGGUGGGAGCUGCAGGGUCCGGGCAGCGACGCGGCGGGGUGGGCGCGUGAGCGUGAGUGCGCGCGUGUGCGUGUGUAUGCGAGUGUGUGCGCGCGUGUGAGUGUGGCCUUCCGGCAGCUGUCCCGGCCCCCACCCAUCGCACCCGGCCCUGCGCCUGGCCGGCUCCCCCGCGCCUGCGAGGCGACCCCCGUGCGCCCCGGGUUCAAAGGCCCUGCGCGGCAGCUCCAGCCCCUCCGGGGGGCGGGGAGGCGAGGGGGGUGGUGCGGGAAGCAGAAGAGCUGGAGCCCACAGCCGGCCAGCCCUGCGCCGGGAUGGGUAGCGCGCUCUGAAGUUCGAGACCGUCGCAGCCAACUCCUGGCCGCAGCCCGGGACGCAGCCAGCCAGCGGCCGGCCUCGAAGACCGCCUAGCCGGAGGGCGAGGCCCGCCGUGCCCGGCACGAGCCCCCUUUCACGGCCACAGGCGUUCGUCCUCCGGCCCGGUGCUCCCGCGGCCGAUCGGGGUUCAUGGAGCUGCGGCUGUGGUUCCUUUUCGGGCUCGCAGUGACCUCUGCCGCAGGAUUGGUGCCUCGCCCCCAGCCUGGGGACGCUGGCAGGAGCGGCGAGCCCCGGGCCCCCUCUGCCGCCAGAUCGGAGGGGGACGCAGAGGAGACUGCGGCCACAACAGCAGUGCGCGGUCCAAGCCCCAGAAGCCCCGGGCAGGAGGAGGGACCUGGUCGGUUUGGGGAGCAGGCGGCCAAGAGGGGCCCUGUGCACCACCGAGCCCGGCGCUGUACAUGUUUUACCUACAAGGACAAAGAGUGUGUCUACUAUUGCCACCUGGACAUCAUCUGGAUCAACACUCCUGAACGGACUGUGCCCUAUGGGCUGUCCAACUACAGAGGCAGCUUCCGGGGCAGGAGGUCGGCCGGCACCUUUCCGCGGAGCUCACAGCCGUCGAAGGGGACGCCGCGCUGCGCCUGUGCAGAGAGCGAGGACGCCGCCUGCGUGCAUUUCUGCACCUGGACCCCGGCUGCCCGCGGGUACGAGCCCCUCCCCGGACCCCGGCUGCCCGCGGGUACGAGCCCCUCCCCGGACCCCGGCUGCCCGCGGGAAUUCAAGGACGGCACAAACACCUGACAAAGAAGCAGGAAAGCAGGCUGGCGGUGCUGCCGGGGGCAUGUGUCCGAGGAGGUGAAGCUGCUUUCUGAGUCGCUGCCAUAUGGGGGGCACAGAGGACGUGUGGGGCGCAUCUGGUCUGUGCGGGCCGCCAGCGGAACACCGCGUGUGGUGGGCAUCCACGGGCAAUGGUGCUUUUGGUAGAUUACCCCUGGGGACAGAACAGCCUAAAGCUGUGGACAGCCUGCCCUGCGUCUUAGGAGCUGAGUCCUGAGCUCCCUGUAGCUUUUGAGCAGUGAUGUCCAGCCCUGGAUUUCACCAGGUCUGGACAAAUCUCACCGAUCACUGCUUCCCAGAGCCCCUGCAGGCUUAUCUAUCGGUGCCCAUGUUGCCCCUCUGCUCCCAUAACAAUUGGUGGUCUCUACAAAAAGAAUCAUUUCUUCUUUUCAGCCGCUGAUUCUGGACAGAGGUGAAUUAUAGCAGCUGGGCACCAGGCCCUCUGAGUCCCCCGGCUCAUUUUAGGAAUUUUUUUUUUUUAAACGCACUUGUCUUUUUGUAUGAUCCUGAGGGUUUCCUGCAGCGCAACGGGGUUUAUUUGUCAUUCAGUCGAUCAGAAAUCGUUAUUACUGAGUCGCCUGCACAUCUACAAGGGGAUGGUAACUGAUGUUCAUAGUAAUGGCCUGGGGGGGGCGGCUUGGGGUCCUACAGGGUCUGAUCAAGGGAGGAUUAAACCCUGUUUAGUAUCCAGGAGGCUUUCCAAAUUGGUGGCAGAUUGCUUUGAGUCGUCUGGAGAGGGUUCUGUCAGCAUCCACAAUGAAAAUGCAGAGGAGAGGCAGAGACAGACCCCAGGAGAGCAUGAAUUAGGCCCCAGCUGGUCCCCACUUUGCCUCUUCUUCCUUUUUCUCCUCUUCCUCACCCCAAAACCAAACCCUUCUCAGCAAGGGAGGGACAUGAUUAAAACCACCAUCCAUCGUGGCAUUUAUUCAAUUCAGCAAAGAUUUGUUGAGCACCUGUGAUGUGCAGGGCACCGUCCUAGAUGCUGGGGACACCACAGGGAAUAAGGCAGAAGGUCAGCCUUCCCGGCACUUAAAUAGUGGGGGAAAAAGAUAGCAAACCAAUACAUUAAACACAGAGUGGGGCAUAUGAAGGAGAGCAGGAAGCAGGCUGGGGGCAGGAAGUGUUGGGGGUGGUUGCAGCUUGGGUGGACAGGGGUGGUCUCACUGGCCAGGUGACAUUGGCAUAAAGAACUGGAGGAAGUGGGGAGGGGUGAGCCAGAGGGAUGAGAGAGGGAAGGGGAUGUCAGGCAGCGGAAGGGUAAGUGCAAAGGCCCUGUGGUAGGAAUGUGCUGUGCUGGGUGUGUUCUAGGAAGGCAGCAGAGGCCGGCACAGAAAAAGCACUGGUUGCUUUUGCUGUUGGUGUUAUCAUUCUGUUGGAUGUUCAGGAAAUGAGAACGGUGGCACAGAUGUCCCACUGGGGCCUGGAAAGGUGCUUCUUCUAGGUCUUUACGAUGCAUGUCAAGCUCCUGUAAGACGUUUUACUUGGGAAGAAAAAGUCUUUCCUUAUAAGCCCGGUCCCUACUUUCUUGCAAGACUCAAGUUAGUAAUCUCCAGAUUGACAUUCUCAGCGUGGAAGCUGCCGCCAUCCUGAGCACGUGAUCAUCAAAGAUGGGAGCAGACCGUGGGAGAGAGAACUCACCGUGGCCACGGCAGCAGCGAUGAUUGUAUUCACACCUUCCCAGGUGGAUGGCAGGCUCCGAAAUUGCCUAGAAGCGCUGGCGAGGAGGUUCCGUUCAAAACAGGGAACGGGCUAGAGAUAGGCUGGGGAGACGUCUCCUCUUUCAGCCAGCAGAGAGCUCUUCUUUUGUAACAGGCCUCUUUUUUUUUUUUCUUUUGCCCCCCCUUUUCCGAGAUAGGUUAAAGUUAAGGCCGGACAAAGCAAGUAGGCUUUAGACCUCCACCAUCAAAUGCUUGCCUGGGGAGUGGACCUCCCCGCCUCCCGGGCUCUGCCUGCCCUUUCAGGAGCCCCCUGGGAGAGGGUCCUGCAGCAGGAAGGCCUCAGUUCUGGCUCCUGCUGGGUUCACAUUUCCACCUCUUUGAGGACAAGAAAUGAGUUUUGCCUGGGGGAGAAAACCCACUCAAAGGGUCCUCACUUAACAAUACAGCCCUUCCCCAAGAAUGCCCCAUCCAAAGACCCCAGUUUCCCUAAUGGGUAAAACGAUCCCAGCUGUGCCCUGGGGCCCGACGCCCAGGGCUCCGGUUUCAUGCAGGAAAUUGUUUGCGGAGAGGUAUGGCACGUUGCAAAGCCACUUCUCUUGGAGAACAAGUGGACUUCAAGCUAACUCUUUGCAAAUGUAAACCCUUGUCCAUGUUGGAACAGAUGCAGGCCCUGGCAGGAGCAUGCCGACAUCUGAGCCCUCACACGGGGCAGGCAUGGGGUGUGAGCCACUGAGGCCGCGGGGCGUCAACUCGAGACGCGGAUCACAGCUGUACAGGUUUGAUGAGUUUGAGGCUUAGAGGAUUUAGACAGGCAUUUUCAGCUGUGCUUGGUGCCACUAAAAGAAUGUAUCUCCAAAAAAAUAAAUAAAUGAAAGAAAGAAAAGAAAGAAAGAAGAAACCUUGAUGUUUGUGAUAAGAGGAGGAAAUUAACACCUGCGUGUUUUGAACCCCCUGGCGAGCCGCAGAGAGACCUCUGUGCCCGUCCCAGGUAGAGGAUGAGCAGUAGACCCAGUUGCCUGGAAGCCACUGUAAAGGCACCCCCAGCUCAAGGCUAUUAAGGUGAUAUUUGUUUUCAGGAAGAAAUGUGGGUCUUUGGGGGAAUGGCUUGAAAAUAAGCUGCAGACACAAAGGCUUUGUAAGUUACGUAAAUCUCUCUUUAUCUAUGUAAUUGGCAACAACUGGGAAUUGUAACACCUGACAGUUCGCAAUCUCUUUCAGCGGUGCUCUAGCGGCCACGCUGAGAUUGCUGAGCGUCUGAAGCUGAUGCAGUGUUUAGUCAUCCACGGGGAUGGGGAGAGGCCGCCCCCUCCCCCGACGGCAGAGAGAUAAGAGCCGGCAUUUUGAGUGCCUGCCGAGGUCCUGAUGUGAUGGUGGAUGCCGGCCGGGGUGCUAGCCCUGACCAAAUGCUAAAUUUUCGAUGAGUAUAUCCUAAGCGUUACAGGUAUAAAAGUGAGUGUCACAAGGAAAUGGAAGGGACUGAUUUGCCAGCAGGAUGGGGUACAGUUUAGAGAAGCAAUUAUUUAUUGUGAAACUGUUCUCUGUGUCAACUCCUUGUGGCGGGUGUGUUCAACGCAAAGCCCCUGUACACAGAGAGAUGUUCGCUUGUGCUCUGAGUCCCACUCAGAGUCCUUAGGGCUUGAAGCACAUUUUUUAAACACCUGUGCACUGUUUGUCUCUGUGGCAAGAUGAUAUCUCAGAAAUUCAUUCAUUGUGCUAACACAGAAAAUACUGUCAAAUGCAUAAUAAAAAAAAUCUCA